GGAGAGUGAGCCAGGGAGUCAGCCAGACCAGCUGCUGCUGCUCACAGAUAACCUCACACUGCUGACAUUAAGGUUGUUGCUGCUCUUGUUACUGUUUGCCACUGUUGUUCCUGUUGUUACUACUGUUGUUGAGCUGCAAUGGCAGCUUCACGACCCCUGGGCCGCGCUGCAGCUAAUUUUUCCACCAUUAUCAGAUGUAACACUCCACUGUCAACUACAAAUGGGCCUUUUUAUGCUCUGGAUAGGAGUUUCUGGUGCCAGCUGGAGACAUCUUCACUCCUCCAGCUUCGAUGUCGCAUGAUUCACUUCCCUGCUGGAGCGUGCGGGUACUGUAGUCAGCAAGUGUCAUACGCUUCAUCUGCCUCUCAUACGUGUACCCCAGCCCACAUGCCCACCACACACAUGCCAGCGCCCGCGCCUUCCUUAACCCACACAAAUACUUCUGGACGAACAAUCAACCGGCGGACUGAACUUGACUACGAGGAACUGCGCGCCCUGCAGGUAGCAGGCGACAUAGCCCUCAUUGAUGUUCGUGACUCCCAAGAACUGCAGAACUACGGCGACAUUCCCGGCUCACUCAACAUUCCUCUUGGUAAGAUAAAGGAUGCCCUACAGCUAUCCAAGGAUGAAUGGGAGAAAGAAUUCCACAGACAGAAGCCUGACAUAGGAUAUCGUAACCUUGUAUUCUAUGCUCGUGGCCCAAAUGCUUCCAGUGCUGCAGUGGAGAUUGCCCAUCGUCUUGGUUUCAAGAGGUCGCGGCAUUACAUUGGAGGUUGGGAGGAUUACUGCAGACAGACAGGCCGACCACUGAAGAAGCUACAAGAUGAUGGCUUCAGAGCCAGAAGUAAUUACUACACUACCAAUUUCAAUCAAUAUCUUUUUUGAGAAGUAAAGGAACUUCUUUAAUUUUGUUUCACAGAACUGUAGCAGGGAAGUGCUUAGUUUCUUAGAAAUUUAUUUUUUUAUAUACCACUGAAGUUAUGUCUAAAAUAAAUUGAAUGGUUUUGUGACAACAGUAAGUGAAAGUAGUCCUUAAAUUUUUUGGUCUUCAGCUUAAGUGUUGAUUUCAAAGAUAUUGAGAAAACUAAGAUCAGUGUCUAAGAAAGUUGCAAUUAUUGUACCUGGGAUUUGCCCUUCAGAAUUGUUCAUAAGUACUUUGCUUGUUCAGUCAUCUAGACUUAUGUCAUUAUGUAAGAAAAAGAAUGAAUUUCAUCUUUUAUCCAUUAAGAGAGAACAGUGUAAUAUAGUUGAUAUUCAGUACUAUAAAUUAACUUUCCUUUAGUGCUGGUAGUUGUGUGUUGACAAAAUUUCUACCUCUACACACUGGUUAAUAGUUUUUUUUUAUAUUAUAUACAUACAAUUAAAUUUUUGGUUGGUGUUUUAGGUACGGCAAUACCUUUACUUUUAAUCACUCGUCAAAAGCAGUGACCACUAGCAAUGGAUAAAAUAUAUAUUGUUCCAUUCUUAUGACAUUCUAAUAUACAGACUCCUCCUACCAUAUUGAUUGUAUGACUCGGUUAGAAGAUACUCUUAUAAAAUGUGAAACUUUUUUCUUAAUCUUUUAGAAAUAGCUUCAAAUAUAGGUCGAAACAGUAUUUAGAAAAGAUAUUUUAUUAAGUAGGGAAGAAAAACCUUCAAACCAAUUUAAUUAUUGCAUGACAAUGCAGUUAUUUAAAGCACACUAGUUACAGAAUUAUGUAAAAGUUCUUAUUCAUGGUGCUUAGAAAUUUAGAAAUAUGCUAUUACAAGAUUUAAAUGUUGUAAGUUUUUACUUUUCACCAUGCAAAUUAUGUAUGUAUAUAGUAAAAUUGUUAGAAAUUCAGUAUGACACCAAAUUAUCAGGAUUUAAAGAGACCUAUAUUAUACUUUUUCUAAUGAAAAUGAGGAAAUCUCGGCAUUGUCAUAGGUUUCGUUUGUAAAUUUAAAAGUAAACCCUCAGUAUAAUAGACUAGUGGGGGAGGGGGAGAAUUGUCCUGUUAAAAUAAAAGGCACUAAAGUGCUCUACAGUUUGGUUAACAUUGUACACACAAUUUACUGAUGUACUGCAAUAAACAUUGAAAAUGAAGGAGGUAAAAGAACAAUUUACCCAGUGAAUUUUGCUCAUAAUUUUGAAGUCUGUUAUAUCAAUGUCCAUUAUCAAGGGUUUACUGUAUAGCUUUCAGAAAAGAAAAAUCUGAAAUGCUUCAUGUGUAAUCAGUUUAUAAAAUCUUUUGAGAUGGUUCAAAAGGUGAGGAUAUUUCUUCAAAGUUUGUAUGAUUACAGUAAAUUUAGUGCCUCUUCAUGAAUGAAACAAAAACAUUAAAAAUCUGCAUAGUCCUGUACUUUAUUGUAAUUUAAUUUUAUUGUGAUUAGUGUACCAGAGAACCUCAGUACCCACAGUUUGCUUGGUAUUUGUUUUGAGCAUUUUGUGGGCCUUGAUGUUUCUCUGCUGAGACAAGCUGGUAAAAAAGUUUGGUUAAGUAAACUCAAUAAUCAGCCAAACUUUCUCACCAGAGAACUAAGGAAGAGUGUUGCAGGUUGCUUUUUCUUGAUACUAUGAUACCAGUGAAAAAAGUUAUAAAUUAACAUGAAACAAUUUUAUUAUCAAAGCAUCAAGAAUAACUGUAGUCAAGGAGCGGGUACUGUGUUAAUACUUUUAUAUAUGUACUUUUUAUUUACUAUUUUCCUGGAUUAUUGACAAUCAUUAAAAUUUGAAUUAAA